AUGACACGGCCCGUCUACUUUGGAGCCGAGCCACUCAGGUCGGAGAUUCGUCUGAAAACGUCUACACGAGUCUUCCAGCAAGACUACGCUUACGCAAUGCCACCGUCGCCCGAGGUGGAUGCUGCGUGGUCUUCCCUUCUCCCGCAAAACGGCGGCUUCUUCACGCACCCGACACUGGCGCCAACGGAGAGCUGCGUGGCGGUUUUCCAUCAAAUUCACUGCCUGGAUAUGCUACGAAAAGCACUUUACGAGGUACGUAAUAAUACAAUGGAACAUCGAGAGCACGAGAAGAUGGACACGGAUUUCAGCAACGAAAAGAUUUAUGCAAGCGAGGCGGGGGAGCUCAAUGCAUCGCACGACAUGGAUCAUCUCGGACACUGCUUUGACCUCCUGCGUCAAGUUAUAAUGUGCAGACCUGAUCUCACGAUUGAGGUUGCCAACGUCGUAGUGGACGGCGUCACGGGUUUCGACACGGAACAUCAGUGUAUUGACUGGUCGGAGUUGAUGGACUGGAUGAAAAAGAACGAAUGA